AUGCUAAAGGAAAAUGUGAAUCAACACGUUUUUGUUUCAAUGAUUCGCACAAAGCUGCCAGAGGAUGUGCUCCGGCAGCUGGAAAUAAUAAAAGGUGCAAAGAAUGAGUGGACUGUUGACAGUUUGCGUGAUCACCUACGAGAUUACAUUACCGCUUGUGAAAAGUCUGACAAAGGAAAGAGUGAUAGAGUGCAUGGAGGUCAAUUUAAUUCAGUGAACAGGGGAAUAAAGAAAGACGGAGCAAUGCCAACGAAUACUUGGAAUAAAGAUUUUCAUAAUCAACAUCAUUUUCAGAAAUUCCGUAGCAGUGCCGACACAUUUGUGGCCAAUGAAACUGUUCAUAACAAGCCAGUGUGUAGAUAUUGUGCAGAGAAUCAUUGGAGUGACAUGUGUACUCGAUUCGCAACAUUGGAAGAACGGAAAAACAGAAUCAGAGGUAGUUGUUAUCGUUGCCUAAAGGAUGGUCAUGGAAUUCGUGAAUGCAAAUCAAAUAAAAAGUGUGUGUACUGUAAUCAAUUCAAUAGACAUCAUAGAAGUCUGUGUCCUUAG